CUGCACUCUCUACUAUAUCCUAUUUACUGUCUGUACUAUACACAGAGCUGUGAGACAAGGAUAUCAAUGCAUCGAUAGCUUCCCUCCUGCUUUAAGGUAUAGAAUUCCUCCCAGCCUACACAGUGUUAAAUCAUCCUAGGCUUGUCAAGACUCCAGCCUACACUCAUGACAAACCCCCCUUGUGUACGAGUUUGAAACGCUGCCAGUGCACUCAGCUUUGGAACUUCUUGUGUCGUCGCUCACUUUCUUUCAGGAUUUCUGCAGCUUUCACCAGAGCAGUGCCCUGUAACGUUCGAGUCGUGAGGCAACGAUGGACUCCCUGGACCACCACAACCACAGCCUGUCUUUGAACGAGUCGGAAGCAGACUACUUUGAGUUCUUUCAUCCCAACUGCCAGGUCACACUGAACCACAACAGCAAGAAGAUUGCUCUCUUUGUGCUCUUCCUGGUCAUCUUCAUGGCUGGGCUGCUGCAGAACCUGCUGGUCAUCUGGGUCAACUGGCACUCGCGGCGAGCUAAGGACAGCUCCUUCAACCUCUACAUCUUCAACUUGGCCUUGGCUGACCUGUGUGUGGUUCUGGUCAUCCCUUUCUGGCAGGUGGACAUCCUGUUGGAAUACACCUGGCUGUGGGGGGUCUUCUUCUGCAAGUUCACCCAUUUCUUCUACUACGCCAACAUGUACGCCAGCAUCUUCUUCCUUACUGCUCUCACAGUGGACCGCUACCUUUCCGCCACCUCCAAAUGGCCCUUCUGGCACAGACGUCAAGAGCUCAUCCGAAGGGUGGUUUGUGGGUCCAUCUGGGCUCUGGCUUUGGUGCUACCCAUUGCUGAGACCAUCCAUGUGAAGCUUACCGAUUUCAACGAACCCAUGUGCAUGUUCUUGGCUCCCUGGGAAAGCUUCGAAGCCUGGUCUUUAGCCAUGACCCUGCUGAAUUUCAUCUUCGGGUUCUUAAUCCCCUUCCCCAUCAUGCUGGUCUUUAACCUGUUAACAUCCAGGAAGCUGCGGUCUGCAGGCACAGCAGAGAGCAGGAGGCACUGUCUUCUCAUUUACACCUACAUCCUGGUCUUUGUGUUGAGCUGGCUCCCCUUCCACAUUGUGCUCCUCCUCCUCACCGUGCACAGCACACACUCCCUGUUGGACUGCUACUCCCUUCAUGUGCUCUCCUUCUUUUACGAGGUCAUCGAGUGCCUCUCCAUGCUGCACUGUGUGCUCAACCCCAUCCUGUACAACUUCCUCAGCAAGUCCUUCAGGAACAGGUUCUUCUCGGCUGUGGUGCACUAUCUGCCAAAGAACCGUAUAGGCACCAAUAACCAAGAACUGUCCUCCACCACUCAGCAUUCUGUGGUCAUCGAGAACAAAGAGGUCCAAUAGACAAUAAGAGCUCGGUAGGGUGUGGGAUUGCUAGCUCCUAUCUAGAUAGCACUUGGGUAGUGCAGUGGUCCACUCUUACCAAGUUCAGCUGUCAGCAACUGUAUGUCAAUUGCAUGUUUUCUAUCAAAUGAUAAAUUGUCUCUAAUCUGUUAACUUGCAUGUUGUAGCAUGGAUUAGUAUGGCACUAACGCAGCCUCUGACCCUGCCAGCCAACCAGGUUUCAAGCCAUGAAUUUUUGAAAUCCAAGAACAGUUCAUCACAGCAAUUUUUUUUAUUUUUAUUUUUUUAUUAGUAAAACAGAUUUACCUCUGGAAUCGUCCAUUACCGAUUCACCAGCAUUCUAGUCCUGCAUCAGGAAUUAUUGUCAGUUUCUUACACUACACUUUUACCAGUGCAACCCUUGGCGUAGGAGGCUUUGCAGAUUAAUUUUGUACCGGUCUUUGUAGUCCUCCAGAUUUUUAUUUUUUCAUGCACAUGUAAUUUCUGGAAUUUCUAACACUGUUCAGUGUUGAACUAAAUGCAUAAUACAUCUUUUUUUUUUUAUUUACGACAAUCUGCUGAAAAAAAUACUGUACGACAGUUACAGAACUUGGUGUGUAAAGUACAAAAGGAAAUGUUUGUUAAAUUCUUAAUUGUCCAAUAUUUGAUUUCUAGCUCUAUCCACCAGAAUGCACAUCCCCCAGUUGAAUUGGUUGUGUUCAAUACUAUCUACUAAAAUUACAAAUACCUUUUUUUCAGCAUUGCCACUUGUACGUAAGGGUCACUUUAUAUGUAACAUAUACCAUAUUAAAUAUUUGUCAUAUUACCAGUAUAUUUUAAAUGAGCUACAUUUAUUUGAGAUAAGGGCGUCUGCUAAGAAAUAAAUAAUAAUAGUAAAAUAAUAAUAAUAAUAAUAAGUUUUUCAGAUUUAAGAGAUGUGUCAAUAUAAACCCCUAGAUAUUUAAAAGUGUCAACUCUCUCCAAUAGUGUAGUAUUACAAGUAACAAUAGAAAAUUUGAGAGCCUGAAAACGCGGGACUGCAGUUUGGAGAAAAAUAAUAAGCAUUGAAGAUAGUCACAGAACAGUGUAGAUAAGUGGCGCCAAGAUCGACAAGCAUCUGUUAUCACCCGAGUAAUCUGUGCUGCAGUAUUUGACUUCGAGAAGGUACUUCCUGAAGAACAAUCCACCUUCCUGACCCAGCCCAGACCCCUUGUUAUCUGGUUUCCUUCAUUUGUACUCGCACUUACUUCUUAUCAAGCUUCAAGCCUAAAGCAGAGUCAGCACAUGUAUUCAGCAAGAACCCAUAUCUUUGACAUGAGGAGGGGGGAGGGGGGAGGGGGGGGUUGCAACCACUUGCGGCAACCAUCUACAUCAGUUUAUUAUUUGUUGUCAGACAACCCUUGAGCUUUAACAUGAUACCGACGUUAUUAGUGGGGGAUGGAGAAGACAAAUAAUUAUGGAGAAAAAUAAAGAUCACAGGUCACCGCAAUAGGCAUUCUUGGCAAACUUCAAAGACAUGUGGGCCAUGAUAGAUGUUUAUUAAUCUUGCAUACAUUUGCAACACCCACCCUGGAACCCUCUUCUCUAUCACGUUAUGGUGCGUUGUGCAAGCUUCCAGAAAAAAAGUUUGUUCUCUAGGCUGGUUAAGGUCAGCAAAGAGUUACACAAAUUAGUGUUAAGCGUCCCACCUGACAGCUUUAUGAAACAGUAGGGACUUAAUACACAAAAUACUUCCCACUCAAAGCAAGUUUGGCUUGGCAGCGUUUUUUGUUUUAUCUUAUUAAUGGUAGUUUAAUAGGAUCCGAACGCACCAAAAGGGACGCCAUGUCCUGACACCUUUGGAACAUCAGCUCUUUGGCGAUAACUUGUUUAGCUUAUGUUAUCCGCCAGGCUUUUAAAAGGUAGUUUCUGCAAAAGAAACAGGAAAGGUACUGUCAGCAUAAUCUUAGAUCCUGGGAGGGGCCCCAUACAAACAGCUCUGACCUCCGUAGCGCAACGAGGGACACAUAACAUUAGCAUUUCAGUGCUGUUUGUUAGACCCCAGUAUUUUUCCAGAAGACGGUUCAAUUACCUUUCUUUGUAUUUAUUGUAUUCAGUAGGAUGGGUCAACACUACCCAGAGCCAAUAGGGAGAGGAACGGAUACAGUGGCAAUCUGAAAAAACAUCGAACUAGCUCUGUAGCCGUAUUUCAUCAAGAAGGGGUGACUGCCAUUUAAAAAGAGGUUGCGAUUUUGCAUUGUAAAUCAUAGCUAGAACAAUACAAAGCAAAACACAGAUGACGGCAACAAUCUGAAAUAUCUGUCUACUCGAGUUUCUUCUAUUUUAACCUCAGAAUUUAAGAUAGCGGGUUUAACUUUUUCAGUGCCUUUGGCAAGAGGUCAUUUUACGGCCGUGCUUAAUAACAAAGCGAAAAUUGCUUCUGAGAAGAAUGAUUGUAGGGAAGUAGAUUGAAAGUGCCUACUUACUCUGUUCCAAGAUGUCUGCACGCUGCCGACCACAUUUUAUUGUGUUGCUUGUCUUGUAUUUGUCCUUUAUUGUUUUCCAGGACCCCCUUGUAAAUGAGGCCUCGGUCUCAAUGGAUAAAUCUCCAGAUUAAAUAAACAUACAAAUACAAAAUUAAAUUAAUUAAACCUGAAAGAUGGUGUAAAGAAAAAAAAAAAAGGUUUAGUUAUUAACCAGACAGAUACGUAGCUAUUACAAAUCAAGGAUAUUUUAUUAACUAACAAUUGUAUUAAAACAAAAGUAUAUUACAAUAAAAGAGAUUCUGGCGUUUCAUUUGUUGACACUCCCCCACUCGUGUGUGUGCAAAAACCAACUAAUUAAAAUCGUUUUCAUAUAACACACAACUCACAAGCAAACAAUGAAAGGAAUAAAUAAUGGAUUAUUCAACAACAUCAUAAAACUCAGAAGCAGAAAUAGUUUGGAAAAAGCAUUUAAAACAUUCUGGU